GUUGGCGUUUAUUUUUUCCGUUGCACACUUGGGACCAGCUCCGUAAAUCCUUCCGAAAGAUGAUAACAAAUCGAAUGUGAUUAGCGCAACAAGAGCACGCACUCAUCUACCAUGAUCGGAACUGCUCAAAACUGUUAUCAUAUAUUUCGAAUUCUAUAAAUAAUUUUGAAUUACAUGACGACGAUGACCGAAGAUACCCGAUGUUAGGUGUUAACCUCAGUCAGUUUGCUGAUUCUUCAUCAUCAUUUCACAACAAUAUAUAAAAUGAAUAUUAAUUAUACCGCCAAAUCUAUAGGAUAUCCAAAGGAUAUAACUACUAAUGAUAAUUCGCAAUAUGCUGAUUUAGUGUACUGGUUGGAAACCAGUGUUCUGAAAAAGAAGAAUUCAUCUGAAAGAGAAUUUUUAAGAGAUGGCAUAGCUAAAGAUUGGCCAGAGCAUUUACACAAAUAUGCUGUUGGUCUCAAUUGUCCUAAAAGUGUAUCUAACAUUGAAGGCCAAGUUGAUUUUAUUUUAAAUUGUGCAACAAAGGUAAAAUACUUGGAGAAAGAAGAUGUUUAUAAUAAAUAUUCAAUUGGAAAUUUGAAAACAUCAAAUGUACCAAAUGUGGAAGUAGAUAAUAUUUUGGAUCAUGUGGAUUAUACAAGCAAGGAUUUUCAAAUAGGAAUUAAUAAAAUGGCAAAGUUAUUAAAUAUCCCUCAGCACCCUGAUCCAAAAGUGGUAUUACGAGCAUGCGCAACAGUGACGUCGAAUCGUCUGCACAAGAAUGCAUUGGAAAAACCAGAAAACUACAUUGUAGCAGGCAUGCCUUUUCCCUACAAAGAAGCAGAUCCUGGUUUUACAAUCAGUAAUGAAGCUGUUAUGGAAGCCGCGAAAGUAUUGCGACUACUGUAUAUUAGUGAUUUGCGCGCUUUGCAAACCAAAGUAAAUGAAUGCAUUGUUGCUGUACAGUCAGUGACUGCAAACCCCAAAACAGACACAAAGCUUGGUCAGGUUGGAAAAUAAGUGUAUAUCUAAAAAAAUACAUUUAUUUUGAAUUUACAUAAUA